CAUCACGCAGCGUCACCGUUUCCAUGGCUGCGGCCGACACCGAGUACCGGCGGCAGCAGAGCCUGCCCCUGCCCGGCAGCAGCUCCGCUCUGUACAACAACCUCAGUGUGCUCCGUCCGCCGGUGCCGCAGCCCCAGCGCUUCAGUGCCGUGCACGGGAACACCCUCAGCCUCCUGAGCGCUGCCGCCGGCACCGGGACCGGGCUCGGACACCGGCAGCUCCCGGCCCCGCAGCCCGGACCUGGCAUCGGUGCAGCGCUGAUCACACAGGCAGCCUGGUGUGUUCUGCCCUCGCGGGUGCUGCUGGUGCUGACCUCGCAGAAGGGGAUCCAGAUGUACGAGGCCGACGGCUCCGUCCUGGUUUACUGGCACGCGCUGGAUGCACCAGAGCAUCCUCCCGAACAAGCCGUGUUUGCCCGUGGGAUCUCUGCAGCAGGAGAGCACUUCAUCUGUGUGGGGACGUCCUCGGGGCCGGUGCUGGUGUUUGACAUCCCCCCCAAAGGCACCAACGUGACAGUGAGUGAGGUCCUGGAGCAUCAUGGAGCUGCCGUCACUGACAUCGCGGCAGAGCAGGGCCAGGCUCCGGACGGUGCUGGUGACCUGGUGAGCGCCGAUGACGCCGGGAGCCUGUGUGUGUGGAGCACAGGAGAGGGGUUCAGGCUGGUCAGCAGGGUCCCGGCCUGCGGCUGCACCUGCUCCUCGGUGGUGCUGUGGCAAGGGAUGGUGGCCGCUGGCUUCGGGAACGGGCAGAUCCGGUUGUAUGAUGCGGUGAGCGGGAGGCUGCGGGCACAGGUCAAUGCACACGCGCGGUGGAUCAAUGCGCUGGACCUGGCUCCAGAGACAGGGAAGCUGCUGUCGGGAGCUGAGGAUUCCUUUGUUCACGUCUGGAGGCUCAGCAGGAGCCUGGACACUGAUGAUGUUGAGAUCCAUCACUGUCACACCGAGUGUGUCCCGGACACCCAGAUCUGCGGUGCCCGUUUCUGUGAUCCCGAAGGAGACUCCUUUGCCGUCACCGGCUACGACCUGAGCGAGAUCUUCCGCUACAGCCGCACGUAGGGUGUACUGUGGGUACCGGAGAGCCGGAUGCACCGGGACCUGCGGCACUGGGGCUGUGUAACCUGCGGUCAGCUCUGACCCACAGCACCGGAUCUGUGGGUCCUGUGUGGUGAAUGUGGGGCUGGGACAUGAUCCCUCGUUCCCAGCCUCACCCCAUCCUCGGGGUGAGCAGGGAGUGCAUUGGGGCCACUGCAGCCGCCCCGUGGGUCACUGAGCCCCACAUCAGCUCACUCAGCCCCACAUCAACUCACUGAGCCCCACAUCGGCUCACUCAG